AUGGAUCGGAUCAGCAAUCUUCCAGACGAGAUUAUCUGCCACAUCGGUUCUUUCCUCUCGGCCAGGGAGGCUGCUUUCACUACUGUUCUCUCUAAGCGUUGGCAUAAUCUGUUUACCAUCGUACCAGAUCUUCAUUUUGAUAGUUCGGUUAAGGAUGGAGAAAGUCUUACUGAUUUUGUGGACAGAGUAAUGGCUCUUCCAGCCAGUUCUCGAGUAAACAAAUUGUCCUUGAAAUGGUGGUUUGAUGAAGAUACUGACUCUGCUCAGUUUGAUGAAGAUACUGAGCCUGAAGAUACAGAGCCUGCUCAGUUUGAUCAAAUCAACCGUUCUCUACGUGUUGUGCUCAAGCGUGGGGUCGCGGAUUUUUAUUUGUGGGUACAUGGCAAACAAGGAUAUACACUGCCUUUUGAAGUUUUCACUUGUGAGACAGUUACUAAACUCUCACUAGGGUCUGGGUUUGCUAUUGACUUUCUCCCUGAGAAUGCCCUACUUCCAGCGCUCAAGACUCUCUCUCUUUAUCACGUUAGGUUCUACGAGUUUGGUCGUUGUGCGUUCAAAACGCUUCUUGCUUCGUCUCCCGUGCUCGAGGAACUAACCGUGUGUGGUGUCAACUGGGAACUUUGGAAAUGGUCCCGCACUGUUUCUAGUUCUAGCCUUAAGAGACUUACUAUAAUGCGUAAACAGUGGGAUGCUUUUGAUGAUUCUGAUUUUAAGAGCAUUAGUUUUGAUACUCCUAGUCUUGCCUACUUAUAUUACUCUGAUUAUGUUCCUAAAGAGUAUCUAAGUGUUAAUCUCGACUCCCUUGUUGAGACUAAGCUCUAUCUUUGUCCGGAAGAAAAUUAUAUGUGGGGUAAAGGAGAUGAAAAACGAUUUAAUCCAAUAAAUCUGCUUCAUGGGCUAAAAAAUGUCGAGACUCUUAACUUGUACACUAUCAUGACUGCAGAGAUGUUUUAUGUCUUCCGUGAAGCACUCCCAGUGUUUCAAAAGCUGUCUCAUUUAUCCGUUAAUCUCUCUAACUUCUGUUGGUCUUCUAUGCCAAUGCUGAUCAAGAAAGCUCCAAAUCUAAAGACUCUCAACAUCGACGGUCCCUUGCACUACGAGAGUUACUAUCGUUGUGCAGGCGAUAUUUUUUGCGAGUGCGUGUCAGAGUAUUCUUUCCUAGUUUCAUGUCCUCUGGAAGUCCUAAAGAUAACUGAGUACUAUGGUAGCUUUAGAGAAUUGAUGCAAAUGAAACAUUUCUUGGAGAAAUUGUCAUGUCUCGAGCUAGUGGAAGUUCAUUCUCAAGCAACUGGUGAAAGAAAGCUGAAACUCAUAGCAGAUCUGGAAAGGCUACCCAGAGCUUCGUCCAAGUGCAAAUUCGAGGUCGUUUCCUAG